GAACACAACAAUGCCAUACUCCAAGUACGUUAAAUGUCGCGCGCUGUACUUUCAUGGACGUGGGCUGACAUCCUCCGCCAUCGUCGACGCUUUGGCCGCUGAGGGGGAGGCUGCCACCAGGCAAGGAAUUGCCAAAAUGAUAAAGCGAGUUCAGCGCACUGGCAGCCUCAAGAGAUCCCCCGGAAAUGGACGGCUACCUCCGGCUAUCAGGGCUGCAGUGGAUGCGCAGAUGAGAAUUGACGACUAAACCACAGCCACGCAACUGGAGGCAAUUCUACGGCGGCAGGGAAUACAGGUAUCCAAGUCCACGAUCCUCCGCAGCCGAUCGGCCCUCGGGUGAACGUUCCGCGGUUCGGCGUACUGCCAGAUGAUUCGCCACGUAAACAAGGCUAAGCGUCUAGAAUGGGCGACGCAGCAUUUACACGAAGCUGCAAAUGGCUUCUUGAACGUCAUCUACACGGACGAGACCAGUAUUCAGCUCGAGACCCACCGACGGUUUUGCUACCGCCGGCGCGGCGAGCCCCCGCGCCCCAAGCCCAAGCCAAAGCACCCAGUGAAGGUCCAUGUCUGGGCAGGCAUUAGCAUGCGUGGAAGAACUGGGAUCCGCAUCUUUGAAGGAAUCAUGAAUGCCGAGGCCUAUGUUACCAUCCUGAGCGAGACUCUCCUGCCAUUCCUGCAUGAAGUCUAUCCUGAUGGACACCGCUUCAUGCAGGAUAAUGAUCCCAAACACACCUCUCGACGUGCAGCCCAGUUUUUUGAAUCGGAUGGAGUGAACUGGUGGAAAACCCCACCCGAAAGCCCAGAUCUAAAUCCCAUUGAAAACUUAUGGCACGAGCUGAAAGAAUUUCUACGCUGUGAAAUAAAGCCAACGACAAAUGACGAACUUGUGAGGGGUAUAACAACAUUUUGGGAAAGUGUGAGCAUUCAAAAGUGUGCCAGAUACAUCAGACACCUUCGCGAAGUGAUCCCAAAAGUCAUAGAAGACGAAGGUGGUCCUACUGGGUAUUGAAAUUCCCAUGGGUCUGACGCUAAGCAGUACUGUUAAUAUUCACAUAUGUUUACCUGGCUCUUUCUUUCUUUCUUCUUACCUCUUUACUUACCAUGGCUCAGGGUUUUGCUUUAGAGCUUGUAAAAUCUGUACAAACGUAGUAUAUACGUGUAAGUGUGCAGCUAUAAUACAAGGAUUGUGAUUGGCCAUAGUUCCAUCUUUAACUCUCUCUGUUUAGAAAAUUUAGUGGUUGUUACCCUAUUGCAGCUAAAUGUUUCGCUUUAUGAUUACUAAAGGACGUGCCUUCACAUUGAAGGACUAAAUUUAGUAACAUCAGGAAGAAUGAAGUUAGGUUCGGAGAAAGAUAUAAAAAAGGUCAGGUGACCACAGAGAGCAAGUCUGAGCUAAACUGCAGAGUCCUACGAAGACAGUAAGUCUAGUUCCAGUCACCCCAGCACAUGCGUAGAGACAUCAUGUGUGAUUUCAGAGUACGUGUCAUAGUAUUAUAUGCAUAACAUCACCGCUAAGUGCAGGGUGAUGUGCAACAUGUGACAUGAUGAGUGGCGGUAUGCCAUGGAGAGAGUUAUGUGCAACUGGGCUUUCUCCUAAGCCUUCCGCAGCACUGCUCGAUAGCCCUCAUGCAGCGCCCCCACACUGGCUCGAAGUCUUGUGGCUUUGACCAGUGCUGUGGAUAAUGACCAAAGACAAUCUUUUUGAUCUUGUAGAGGCCCGUUUGAGGAAGAGCCAGCAGUGAUUUCGACCCCAUGGGGGUGCACUGCCUCAUGAUUUAUGGCCCAAACACACUCUCCUUCGCCAGCAACUGCGCAAGGGUGCCAGGCAUGUCGUUGUCUAUGUAAUGUUUGUAAAGGUCAUUUGCUUCGUCAAUUGUGUAAUAUGUAGAGUCUGGUGGUCGUGUCAUAACUAGUGGUCUGUUCCUAAGUUUGGAAUUUAAAGGCAAGGGACUGUUUGCAUCACAUGUCCGGUGUGGUACCGUCUGUUGAGGUAAAGUCGUCUGUUGUGGUAGCAUCUGUUGGGGUGUCAUAGUCUGUUGAGGUACAGUGGUCUGUUGUGGUAGUGUCUGUUGCUGUUGAGGUAGCAUAGUCUGUUGGGGUAGAUUUGUCUGUUGUGGUAACGUCUGUUGAGAUAGCGUAGUGUGUUGGGGUAGAGUUGUCUGUUGAGGUAGCGUCUGUUGAGGUAUCUGUGAGUGUUGUGCUGGUAGCUGUUGUGGUUCAGUUACUUGGUCAACGAAGCUGUCAAAGUUGUAAUUGUACAUGUCUGUCAAGUAAAACAGCCUGUUAGACACCUGUUGCAGUUCACUGACGAGCCGGGCCUGGGUGUUCUGCAUAGAUAUAAUGGUGUUUUCCAGAGAAGACACCCUCCUUGACAGCUUCUCAGAUUU